UCAUCUCACCACUAGAUAAAGAUAGAUGAGGGAAGCAGGGAGCAAAGCAGCAGCACCACCUGCUCAGAUUUCGAUGGAGAUAAAUUAUCACAUUUCAUACCCUCUUUUUUCUUAUUACAAUAUUACCCCCACCGAAAGAAAUGCAGAAGCAACAAAGCCAAUUACAGUAUUUCUUUGGAUUUUGUCUCCAGAAAUUGCUUCCUCCAUUUGAAGAACAGAGAAAAUGGACGCUUUCACAUCAGUGACACACCCCAGUUCAUGCUCUUCUGCUUUCAUGGGGCAUAAUUUUCAGCGUAUAUCACAUAGUCGUUGUUCAGUCGCGGUAAAGGAAGAAGCAGUAACCUGGCGCUCAACUGCGGCGAGGUCUCCAAAGAGGCGGCGAUCUUUGACCUAUUUUCCUGCUACUCGCCUUGCGAUCAGAAGCGCAGCAACCAAACCUUCCAAAUCACCAGCUGAAGAAGACUGGUCAAUUAAGAGAGCAAAACUGGUGGAGAAAAGAGUGAGGAGCGUAGACCCGAAGGAAGCAUUGAGACUUCAAAACGAAAACAGCUUUGUGAUUCUUGAUGUGCGGCCAGAAGCAGAGUUCAAUGAGAAAAUUAAACAGAUUCAGUUCCAUACAAUCCUCACUCAACGGCCUUUAAAUUGGUUUGCUCCAAGUGAAGCCCUAAUGGAUUCAAUAGUGUAUUUUUUUAGGCGCACCCACCAGGAGCUAUCAAUGUGGAAAUAUAUAGGCUGAUAAAGGAAUGGACAGCUUGGGACAUUGCAAGAAGAGCAGCAUUUGCCUUUUUCGGCAUAUUCCAAGGAACAGAAGAAAAUCCCAACUUUCUUCAGACUGUGGAAUCUAAGUUAGAUAAGGAUGCAAAAAUCAUUGUGGCUUGCUCAUCUGGAGGUACAAUGAAGCCAUCUCAAAAUCUCCCAGAAGGCCAGCAGUCAAGGUCACUAAUUGCGGCCUACUUGCUGGUUCUCAAAGGUUAUACCAAAGUUUACCAUUUGGAUGGAGGGCUCUAUGCCUGGUUUAAGGAAGGAUUGCCAGCAGUCUCUAAAGAAUGAAGCCAGAAACUUUUCUAGUCUUAGCAGACAAACUAUCAUUUUUAAGAUCAUGCUAGUGUUAUGUUUUUUGUAUAGAGCUGUUUUUGAAAAACAUAUCAUAUUGACAAGCAAUAAUUUUUUACCUACCAAGAAACGUGAGUUCUUGCACCAACUGGCUGAAAAGCGUCUGCAAAUGAAUGCAGAGGGCAGAAGGGGUCUUCAAAAAAUCGAUUUUAAAUCCAUAUUAGUAAAAC